GUUCAUAGUGGCUAUCAUGGCCUACUUUGUGAUGACACAGUCGGAUUACCCAUCGCGGUGGCUUCUAGAAGACUCCAGGUUCGUGUUCUGGCGGAAAUAUCGCAAGUGCUUGCUGAUUCAGCUGACACCGCCCGAUGAUUAUGAGCCGGAUUCUGAACGUUACGCGGAUCACCCGGACUGGAUGCCAAUCCAGAAAGUUAGCCAACACCCAGAGCUAUCACCGGAGAAUUGCGGCUUUCUUGAUCACAACGUCGACGAGUGGCGGAGGGCAAGCACUGCAGUCUUUCAGAUCGAUGCCAACGUGUCGUCGCUGUUGACAAGUACAUUCUCCUUCGAGGGUGGUCGCUACGACGGCCCCGAUGGCUGGAUCGACUACGAUGUAGAUCCUGGGCACCUGUUCCUCCUCGGGGGAUGUACAAUUUUUGUGUGCCUGAUCCUGGACGGGCUCUUCUGGUGGCAAAGGCUCUUGGUGCUCAGAAGACAUGGGUUUUUAAAUGUGUCAGUCUGA